GCAACGUCGUGCACCUCAUAAAAGCUCCCCCGUCUUUUAUCUCCGGGCCUCUGGCCGGCCGCACUAUCAGAAGGCUCCGGAUUAUUUCCCUGGACCGACCUCGAAAGCGAACAUCGCCGUUUGGUGGGGUUCGAGGGAAUCGGGCUUGCCGCUCUACUAUUCGACAUGGCGGAUUGCAUGGGCCAUCCAUUGUCGCGCACGCAUGGUACCGUAGGCAGGGAGAUAGGUAGGCAGACGCGAGGGCAGAGUCACCCAGCAGAGGUGAGUGGAAAGUCUGGGCACGUAGGGCGACAGCCAGCGCAGGCGGACCUCCCAUUUUCCCUCAGGACAUCCGCGUCUAGCACCUGGACAGGUGCCGCUCGUUGGUUUGCACCAGCAGCCGCCACCAUCGACUCAACACAGGCCAGUUUGUCCGGGGAUUAAUUCUGUUGUUUCACGGACAUUGUGUCUCUAGCCCUUUGAUAGGUACUGCAGGGACAAUUAUCCGCAAACGUUGCCUCAGUGCGCCAUCAGGAGUUACUGUCGCAUGCUCCCGCGAUAUGCCAUAAGUCAUAUUGUGAGAAUCAGAUACCGCAAAAGCACUACUACAGGAGUCGGGAGAUUUGGGUACCUGUUUCUCUCUGUCUCUCUCUCUCUGUCUUAGCCGGGGCGUGACCAGGCUCGUCUCUUCAAGGCCAUCAUCUUGAUCUCUUUUAUGCGUCUCGCAGGGUCGUCCACCUCCUUCUUCGGCCUCGCCUGAGUCGUUGCGCUCGAGGCUGUGUCGACCUCUCCCGAUCGACACUCAAUCAUAUUCGGUCCUCGAGAACGAUCAGGCCUAUCUCUGACCACUGCUAUUCCCCGGGGAUGGUCGUGGUGGCCGUGCCAGGCGGCCUGGGCGACUUUGGGCGUCUGAUCGUGAACGCAAUACUGGAGACCGGCAAACAUGAAGUAUAUUCGAUCACACGAAAGAUCCCCGACAAUGUCAAGCCUAUCCGGUCGCCGGUCAGCGGUGAAGAAUACAUUCCCGUCCUGCAGACCGACUACCAGGACAUCCUGACCAUGACAUCCCUGCUGGAAUCCAAGAACGUGCACACCGUCGUAUCGGCGCUCAACGUCGACUUCCCAUCCGUGUCCGACGCGCAGAUACGUCUCAUCGAAGCCGCCGCGGCGACUUCGUGCGUGCAACGGUUUGCCCCAUCCGAGUACAACGUCGACUACGACCUGGACGACACGGUGCUGCCGUACCCGGAGAAGAGAUUCCACGCCGCCGCUCGCCGGGCCGUGGAGAAGACGCGCCUCAACUACACGUACUUUUACCCGGGCAUGUUCAUGGACUAUUUCGCCCUGCCGCGGAUCGAGACGCACAUGCGGCCCAUCUACACCGUCCUGGAUCUUGGCCACAACGAGGCCGCCAUCCCCGGCGACGGCUCGGCCGUCAUGGCCAUGACCUACACCAAGGACGCCGCGAGGUACGUCGCGGCCGCGUUGGAUCUGCCACGCUGGCCCCGAGUGUCCCUCAUCAUCGGAUCGCAGCCGACCGUGGGAGAGCUGGUCCAGCUGGCCCAGACGAUCAAGGGCGAGCCCCUGGACAUCCGGUACGACUCGUUGGACGCGUUGAAGGCGCACACGGCAGAACCGCUCACCGGUAACCGGGCCGUGGGCGACCUCUUCGAGGGCGGCCCCGCGCAGCUCAACGCGCUUGUGUGCGACCUGGCGGCCGCCAUCGCCUGCGGGGCCUACGAUAUUGCCAAAGCCCAAGAUGGCGUGGACUUGGUCUCCUUGCUCGGUGACGAGGUAGAGAGGCCCGUGUCCAUCGAAUCUUUUCUACAGAGAUACUGGGCCAAGAGCUGAAGGCAUGGGGAGAAAGGUUCACAAGUUCAUAUCUUUAUUCACACUAGAAUCUGUCCUUCUCCCAUGUUCUGCAUAAUGUCCUGCCACCGCGGUAACCCGCUGUAAAAUCCUUGAUGAUACAAAUCGCGACCCGUCCAGACUUGUUCCAGAACCUUCUCGGCCGAAGACGGGUUAUUCAUGCCCAGAAGUUUGAUGCCCUUCAAUCGUGACCGGAUGUACUCGCGCUGAUCGGGAAUGUCCAAUUCUGCCCCUAACACGGUCAAACACCAACCGAGAUUGGAUCCAGGUCCCAGCGCAUCGGGCACGGUGGCUAGCAGCUCGAACAUCUGAUCCAUGGAUUCGCGGAUCUCCGCCGAGGCAGGCUCCUCCGGGGGAUGCGUGAUGCGAUAAAUGUAGAUGUGCAUCGCGUGUCGGAACGUCUCUGCCGCCGCGACUAUACGUCUGAAAUACUCACGGUGAUUGAUGUCCUCGAUUGCACUGAGAGCAAUGCUCUUAUCAUGACACGAAACAGCCAGCGACGGUUCUGAACCCAUAUCAAUGGCGCUCUCCUUGACCUGCUGCUGCAGAUCAAUGGCCAUUGAUUCGACUACCUCCUUGGAACCCGAUUCGGCCUCGGCACAUUCCUUGGACAGGUCACAUAACUUGGCAGCAGCGGCCUAUAGAUCAGUCAGUUGAAGGUGCAAAGCUGGCGGAGUUGCCUACACAAGCGACGUACCAUCAAUCGGGGUAAACGGACUGAGCAGCCAAAGAAUGGAUCAAUGCUGGCGUUCGCACCGUCCGUCCAGGUCGCGGAAGAGUCAAUCCAGCUUUGCACUUCCGGGGUAGUACAUCCCCCAAUAUUCAGGGCCUUUUGGGUCUCGAUCAUGGCGAACCAGGUUUUGAUGAAGGGAUUCAAGUCCGACGAGUUUCCUCUUGCACUAAGCCAGCCUCGAAUACCCUGAUAAUGCGCUGCCCAUCCCUUGGUGCCGUUAAAGAUCUGCAGGCGCGUCAGAAAUGAUAGGUUAGGAGGCGCUGGGUGAGAAGGCAUCAUACCUCGUACGACAAUAAAGAGAGCAUUGCGACUACGGUGUUUUCUUCGUAGACCAGUUUCGAAUACUUCAGUCGUGACUGC